CUAGUCUGGAUUUUGUCCAGAUGGGAGGGAGCUGAGUUCCAGAGGAUUUCUUGGAGGGCUUACGAAGGGUUAGAGGGGCAGAGGCAGAUUUGGAGAAGUGAUAGCUAGGUGGUCGCCUGGGUGUUGGAGCAAAGUCCAGGGGCUUUGCUGGUCUUUGCAAUGGACCGAGGCGAGGAAGAAGAGGCGAGGCUGACGGCGUUUUUCAAUGCUUUUAACUAACGGUGGGUGAUUAGGAAAAAAAUAUAUAAAAAAUUACGAUGACGACCAAGAGUCCCCUACACGGCCAUUUGGACUCAAGCGUGGUGCGCUCCAUCCCCGCGUCGAGCACGCACGACGCAUCGGGCAAAGUCAAGCGCGGCAACUCGGGUUUGAGGCGCCCGGAGAAGCCCCCCUACUCGUACAUCGCCCUCAUCGUCAUGGCCAUCCAGAGCUCGCCCAGCAAGCGGCUCACCCUGAGCGAGAUCUACCAGUUCCUGCAGGCGCGCUUCACUUUUUUCCGAGGCUCCUACCAGGGAUGGAAGAACUCUGUCCGACACAACCUGUCGCUCAACGAAUGCUUCAUCAAGCUGCCCAAAGGCCUCGGCAGACCCGGCAAGGGCCACUACUGGACCAUCGACCCGGGCAGUGAGUUCAUGUUCGAGGAAGGCUCCUUCCGACGCAGACCUCGCGGCUUCCGUAGGAAAUGCCAAACGUUAAAGCCCACGUACAGGAUGAUGAAUGGCAUCGGGUUCGAUUUCCAGGCCGCGUCGGGGCCCUUAAUGUGCCACAACGGCUACAAUUUAGACUUCAACUCCAUGCCUCAUGGGGGCUUCGAUGGGGUGCCAGGGGGGCAUCAUGUGUCCGCCGGCUCUGGCUCGUCAUACAUGUCCGCGACCCCGAGCGCGGACUACUCCAUCUGCCCGGACAGCGGCGGCAGCUCGCUGCAGUCCUCUCCAGCCGUGGUGGCUUCCCUGGACUGUCAGAGCCCUUACGGCAACGCGAUCCCCCACUGGAGCUCAUCUGCGGUACCGUAUCUUAAACAGCAGGCUUCCAGUAACGGCACCGGUGCGCACGGUGGUUUGCACGCGCACGGGAUGGCCUCUUACUCUCUGGAUCAAAGUUAUCUGCAUCAUAACGGACGAGAUUCUGCCGACAUUCCAGCUGGACUCUCUCGGUACUCCAGCCACUCUAGUGCAAUGUGCGAGAGGAAGGAUCUGGUUUUAAGCCUCAACGGGAUGUCCCCUCUGCAUCCGGGCACUGGAGCGUCUUAUUAUCAUCAUCAUCACCAUUCUCAUCCUCAUCAGCUGCACCAUCACCAGAGCGCCUAUCAGGACGUGAAGCCUUGUGUCAUGUGAAGAGGGACCAAAUCAAAUACUGGACAUAAAAAAUAAAAAUAAAAGAGGUGCAGCAUUGUCAACAUCGUGGGGAAUGUCAUUUAUUUCAGUCGUUCGAUUCCAAACGUGAAAACUUGUUCAUGAUUUUGCUUUGUAUAAUUUGAACUAAAACGCCAAAUCCAUCAUCUCAGGAAAUUGAAAAUGAUUUUUGAUAAGGAUAUUAGGUAGUAAAUUAUGAAAAAUUGCUAUUUGAGGGAUGAAUCUGUAUCAUAAAUUACGUUUACUUUGAAUUGAACUCGUGAAAGUAAUUAACUUUAAUAGUACAUCAUUUAUUCAGAUGCACUUGUAUAUUCAUUGCACUUAAUAAUGCCGGAAAUGACCAAUAAAGGAAUGUAUUAUCUAA